ACAAAGAAAUAUAGUAUUAGAUCUUUUUUUUUAUAUUUUUAAAUAAUUUUUUUAAAAACAAAAAACAAUUUUAAAUCUAACAAAAGAACACAAAAAGCAAUUUACAACAAAAUUAUACACAUAUUCUUUUAGCAGAUAUUAUUCUAAGGCACAAAGGUCUAUGUACACGAGUAGGGAGUAAAAAUAAAAAGCUACAUUAAACGAAAUACAAAACAUCAUAAAAGCUAUCAUGUUUUUGGAAAAAUGCAUAAGUUUAAACUUUUAUUAUAACUUUUAUUAACACCAUUGUAGCGUUAAAACUUUAAUAUGUAUAUAUAAUAUGUUGCAGAAAUUGUAAAAAAAAAAAAUGCUUGUUUAUUUGUUAUUCAAUUUGACGUGAAAUCACGUACAAUUUUUCAACAAUAUAAUAAAAUUAAAAUAUUUUUACUAUUUAUAUAACACAAAAAGUAAUUCGUAUGACCGAGUCUAGUAAUAUCCAACAUUCAGAGUAAACAUUUAUUUUCAUGGUAAUUUAUGUCAUUCCGAAAAAUUCCGAUACACAAUAUUUGGAUAUAAUAUAAGCAUUUACUUUCAGUAUAACAAAUCAAAUAUUCAAGCAUUUUUUUAAUCACAUAAAAGCAAUCUUUGUUUGUAAAUACAUUAAACUAUAAAGUAUUACUUAUCAAACAUAUUUAAGUCUUGUGUACAAUUUUUGAAAAAUAACAAAAGACAAUAAGACUAAAAUAUACACGAAUAAAAUUGAAUCAUAUUUUUUGUUUAUUUCACAAUUUAUUUUCUAUCUCUAGGCACAUUAUAUAUAUUAUUACAAAUGUGUUUUUUUUUACCACUAUUUUUUAUGAGUAUUUACUGCAUUUUUAUAUUAAAUUAAGGUUACCACAAAUAUACAUGUUUAUUCAUAGAUGAUGUCAUAACACGCAACACCCAUUACGCAACAUGUUAAAAAUAUGUUAUGGAUACUUGAUAUAUGUUGUUGAUAUAUACAGUACGUUGUUGAUAUAUACAUACUAAGUAAUUUUGGACAUCUUAAAAGAUUAGAAAUGUACAUUUCUUGAGCACCGUAAGAAAUAAUUUUACACGACAAAAAAUAAAAAUAAUACUAAUUGAUAUAUACAGAAUUAAGAAUUAUUCUAAACUAAGCAACGAUGAUUUCACGUAUGAUUUUAUCGUUAUAUCUUUACAGCUGGACUGAUAGAUGUAAUUUAGGAUAAUUAUUAAUUCGUAUUACAAAGCUAAACAUUUUCUCACUUUAACCAAUUUCUUUUCAUGUGUUGUGAUAUGAAUUGCAUUUAACACGAGUUGCAUAAACAUGCACUUUUGUAACUAACGUGUUAUAUGUAUUUAAUGAUGAGAAUUUUGUGUGACAAAAUGUAUAUUCUGAUUGCAUGUGUGACUAUAUGUAAGACUACCUUACUUAUACAUGUAUUUGUAUACGAAAUCCAGGAAAUAGCAAAUCGAAAAAAGACAUUUGCUACAAAACUUAAAUUGAAGCGCGUGAGAUGUUUUUAUUGAACUUACAAAAAAAGAAAUUUGUUAUCUUGUUACCAUUUAAUAUCAGUUAUAGUGUAUACACUUAUACGCAAUUCUUACCAAAUAUUGUCAUCAUCAGUGUAAUGCACGAUUGUAGGCAUUAAAUUAAAAAUGCCAUAAAAUGCCAUAUCUUCUUUCAUAAAAAGUUUUUGAUACAUAAGAUUAAAAAACAAAAUUAAUACACAAUUACAUAAAUAAAGUAUUUAUGAGAAUGAAUAUUUUUAGACAAAUGAACGACAUCGUCCUGUAUUGGUUUUAAUUUCGACAAAAGACUGAAAUCGAAAAAAAUUAUUGAAUAAUUAUGUAUAAUUAAUGAAGAUAACUGAAUCAAUUUUGUAGUAACGAUUUACAUCUCGUGAAAGCAUUUGAGCUAAGUAUCUACAUUUGUAUACUGCAAGUAGCAAUUUAACAUUUGGUGCGUUUUUUUAUGUAAGAUCAUAACAUUUUGUCAAUAGAGGAUAAGGUAUACAAGAGGACAAAUAAUAUUUUUUAACAAUGCAUUGAUUGAAAGAUCAACUUUGAUCCGAGGUCAUCAUGUUUUUCAUGUGACACACAAGGAUAUCACCUUAAGUCAUGUGUAUUUUGUGCAUGGCAUUCAGACAGGAACAUAAUUAAUGUAACAACUUUUAUACGUAACUCGGAAGUUUCCCAUUCGAGAUGCUACGCAAAGAUAAAUCUCGUUUAGUCACGUAUAUGAAUGUAGAUUAUAAUUUUGUAUAACGAUGCAAUAUAAAUGUUGUGUGACAUAAGAUUUUUUUAUCGUUGUUUCCCUUCUACGCCUAUAACUACGUUCCUUAGCGUAUAUUAAUUUGUUAUGACGUGGCAAUGAUAUAUUACCAUUCUAAUUUACGACACAAUAGAUUUUUAUACUGGCAAGAAGGAAUAUUAUUUUGGAAAAAAAUAGAACUUUAUUUUAAAGAACAUUUAUAUUAAAAUUAACUCGUAUGGUUAUAGAGAAAAAAGAAGUACAGUUACAAUAUAGUAAAUUGAAAUAUCAGUAUUUCAAUCUGAUAAUUUAAAGCUUACAACCACUGGUAUACUUGUUGUAAUUUAAUAUAUUAUUAAACAACUUAAUUAAACAUGUACUUAACAUUUUAUACUAUAUUAGAAGUAUUCGCAUUCAAUUAAUUAUUUAUUUACUUUUUUAAUUAAUUCCACAUCACGUUAUUACGCAUUUUAAUUUGCUUUUUUCUAUCUUAUCGCUAGCACGUGGUUUAUAUUUGCGAUAAUCAUGAUAAUUUAUCAUUUGAUGUGUAUCAGGUAAAAGGAAUUUUUUGUUCCUGUGGUGAAAUAAAUACCUUAUAAAAACAGUAUCAUUCUUUACAACACAAUCUAGAAUUACGACACUUUAGAGUUUAUCUUACAGAAUAAUUCUUAUCUAUUAUAAAAUUUACAUUUGUAAUUUUUUUAAUUAAUAGACAGUAAAAUAUUAGCAAUUUGCAUACAAAUUGUUGACAAAUUUAAUCAACAAUAUUCAGCAAAUUAGCAUUAACUGUGCCCGCAUUAUAUUUGUAUUUUAGCGACAAACUCUUAUUGACACAACUUUACAACAAAUUGUUGGUAAAGAUCGAACAAAACUUGGUUUUAAAAUAAGAUUUAUGGUCCAUUUGCUGUCAAAUUUUCAGUAAGUUUUUGGACGGUUUUUGUAAUUGUCGUUGAGUUAUGUUAAUAGAUUUUGUUAUUUAGAUAGCCAAAUCUGUCGAAAACAGAUUAUACAAAGUUUGUCAAUCAUAGCCAUCAGAAGAAAAGACUACAAAUUGUACACAGAAUCUGUAAUAUCAGAAGAUGUCGGCAAAUUGCUAUUGAAAAUAUGACAAAGCUUGCUGAUUAUGCCAACUGCAGAUUAGCAGCAAUAAUCUAGCAAAAUAAUUCUGCUUGAUUUUUGUUUUGUUGAUUGUUAGUAAUUUGCAGUCAGAUUGUUAUUUUUUAUUUUAUGAGUAGCAAGUUUGUGAUAUUUUUAGUGACGUUUUGAUUAAUAGCCAAUUUAAUGUGCAAUGGUACAUAUUAAAACCGCUAUAUACUAAUCUAAUUUAAAUAUAAAAAUGAUAUCACAUAUCUGUUUACAUUGUGUUACAUUUUUGUGUAUGAUAGCUUAAUGUGCACCAAUGCAUAUUAUUAUGUCCAAUCAAAUUUGCUAUUAGUUGGAUUUUACAUCAAAUUGUCACAUUUCUGCCAAAGAAAUUAUUACAGAUGCUUAACUGUAUGUUUUUCUUAAAUUUGGCCAACUGAAUACUUACGUUUCACGAAGUCUACACCCUCUUUGUGCGUAAUAUCGCCACAUUAAACAUGUUAAUGUAGCGCGAAAUUUUAUUAAUUACGAUCUGAAUAAAUUUACAAUAAACCGUAAUACGUGAUCACGCAUUUGGAUUUCUGUCACAUCUCUUGAUUUAUAGAGGGUCAUACAUACGUGAUGUCAACAACGCAGGUGGUCACCGAAUGCCAACGAGUUUACCGGUCACGCUUGUUCACGCGUUCCUCCUCUAUAAUGGUGGUCCCAGUGGUAAGAAUCACUCAGUGAAGAUCGAGCAACUGCGACGAUCACAUCACAUAGAUCUAUUAAUCGCACAGGACGUUCACGACUUUCUAACAAGCUACUCCAUCCAGUUGAGAUUUGAAGACGACGGUAAUUGACCAUGGCUAGGAUAGUUUUAUUCAUGACGAUCUUGACCUGUGCGAUCUUCAUGCAAGCUGUCGAUGCCACUAUAAUGAUACAACGGUUGCUACGAAAGUCCAUACAACCUAACAUAUACUGGCAAAUACGACAACAACUGCAGAUGAAUGAGAAGCGACAGUCCCUGGGCGGCGAAUUGGAACUCAAUCCCAUCGAGAUCAAAGCCAAUGAAGUCCUAAUGAAGGCCAAGCGUCGAGAAAUCUAUGAUGGUUUUAUCACCGGCGAUAGCUUUCUGCCAUCGCACAAUUUUAUGGAAGUAAUACCAAAAAUUGAGAAAUCCGAAGUGUUCAAGAUCCUGCGCGACAUGCCCAAGGGCGCUGUUCUUCAUGCUCACUCGACCGCCAUAGUCUCGUUUGAAUUUCGGUUCAACUUAACUUAUCGCGAGAACCUGUACGUAUGCGACAAGAACGGCACGCUGCAGCUCAAGUUCUUUAACAAGACAGAUAACGAUUGCGACUGGAAAUUACUGAGCGAAGUACGACAAAAUCUAACCCAGGCUGAUGCUAUUAACGAUAGGAUCAAACGAUCCAUGACCAUGGUCACAGAAAAUCCGAAAAGCGUCUACACUACUGUCGACAAGGCAUGGCUGAGGUUCAGAAGUGUCUUUAAUUUCAUGAAACAAAUCAUAACGUACCGACCCGUCUACGAGGAUAUGUUAUAUCGUAAUCUCCAGGAGAUGUACGACGACAAUGUGAUGUACGCGGAGAUACGAUCGUCGCUGUCAUCGGUAUACGAUUUCGACGGCAAGAAGUACGGACCGCUGGAAAUGAUGCAGAUUAACAAGGACAUCACCGACAGGUUUGUUAAGGAUCAUCCCGAUUUCAUCGGCGCGAAAAUUAUAUAUGCACCGAGCCGUAACGCCGAUCAACAACAGAUGGACUACUAUCUAAACACAAUGACGCAGUUAAAAUAUUUCUAUCCGGAUAGCAUAGCGGGUUUUGACUUGGUCAGCCAAGAAGAUAGAGGGAAACCGCUUGUCGAAUUCGCUGAUAAAUUGAACGCCGUUGAUCCGAAAAUUCAAUUCUUCUUCCAUUCCGGCGAGACCAAUUGGAAUGGAGUGUCGACCGAUUUAAAUCUCUUCGACGCUUUCUUGCUCAACACCAAACGCAUCGGACACGGAUACGCGUUAACAAAACACCCGCUUCUAUGGAAACUCGUGCAGCAAUUAGAUAUCGCAGUGGAGGUCUGUCCGAUCUCGAAUCAGGUUCUCGGUCUUGUGGAGGACAUGCGGAAUCAUCCCGCGGCCAGUCUAUUCGCAUCAGGAUCGCCCGUAGUGGUCUCCAGUGAUGACCCCGGUAUCUGGGGCGCCAAGGGACUGUCCUACGACUUUUACGAGGCCUUCAUGGGUAUCAUGAGCGCGAAUUCGGAUCUCAGAAGUCUUAAACAAUUGGCGAUAAAUUCAUUGAAAUACAGCAGCUUGAGCAAACUAGAGAUACGGAAUGCGCUGUGGCAAUGGCAGUUUAAGUGGGAUGCCUUCGUAGCUAAUCUAGCCAAACUAGCCUAAUGACGACAGAUCUGAGCAACAGAUACAGAAAUAUAUCUUACCCCCCCUUUUUGUGUCAUUGAUGUACAUAAAGAUAAAAAAAUGUCUCGACAGAACAACAGAACAGUGCCAUAUAAUUCGAGAGCUUUGCCAAAAUAAUAUUUUUACUUAUUUUAGAAAUUUAGAACAUGUGUUUUUUUUACAUUUUUAAAGAAAUACCAUGAAAAUACUAUGUAUCAAUACAGAAUUGCAUUUUAUCUUAUUAAAAUUAUAUAUAUAUAUAUAUAUAAAUCACACAAUUACCUCAUCACAUCUUUUAAUGGUGCAUCUAUCCAUCAGAUAACCAAAUGUCUUGGUGUUGCAGUAAUGUUGCCAACAAUUGUUGCAACAACUAAUUUAGAUUAAUUCGAAACAAAAUGAGACAGCAUUAUGUCUGUUAGAAUAAGCUUAUGUAAAUUUUAUUUUUAACAACGGCAAAUUGAUAGCAACGUGUUAAUUUGUUAUCAAUUAUUCGUUAUUGUUAUGUUGAUGUUAUAUCGCAAAUAUAAUGUUGGCUGCUUUUUUAAUGUCCUCAAUUAAUUGCACAUAUAAACAAUCAUGUUGCUGAAUUUAUAAUGUGUUUUAUUUUGAUGUUAACAAAUAUAUAACAAACAUUUAACAACAUAUGUAAUACGUUAGUUUGCUCAGAACAUUACGCUUGGUUACCUGGAUAACAAUGGAAAUGGCGUGGAAAUAUUUAAUAUGCGUCCAAGAGAUUACGGUUGUGAAAAAAGAAUCUGUCAUUGUAAUGGCAGAUUUUUUGAAAAACUACUGCGCCAUAUCUUGCAUUUUGUAUAAUAAAAUAUAACAACUGUACAACAAAAUAAAUUUUUUCAUUAUAUAUAAUACAAAUUGAUUAAUUUGAUGCUCGCUACAAAAGAUUAUAAAACAAGUAAUAAAUCCUACAAACGUCAACAGAAAUAAAGAUUGCAUUAUUGUAAAGC